AGAGCACCCACCUGCCCCUGCCGGAGGAGGAAGAGCUCUCACCUGCCCCUGCCGGAGGAGGCGCACCCACCUGGCCCUGCUGAGGAGGCACACCCUUUGCCACUGCUGGCGAAGGAGCACACACCUGGCCCUGCUGGAGGAGGCACACCCAUCUGCGCCUGCUGGAGGAAGAGCAUCCACCUGCCCCUGCCGGAGGAGGCGCACCCCUGCCCCUGCUGGAGGAAAAGCAACCACCUAGCCCUGCCGGAGGAGGCGCACCCCCUGCCCCUGCUAAUGGAAGCGCACCCAUCUGGCCCUGACUGCUGGAGAUCCGGAAUUGGAGGAAGGAGAAAGAGCACCUACCUCGCCAUGGCCCUGCUGGAGGAGACGCACCCACCCACCUGGCCCUGCUGGAGGACACGCACCCACCCACCUGGCCCUGCUGGCCCACCUUGCCCUGCUGGAGGAGGCGCACCCACCUUACACUGCAGGAGGAGGCGGCGCACCCACCUGGCCCUGGCUGCUGGAGGAAGAGCACCCACCUGCCCCUGCCGGAGGAGGAAGAGCUCUCACCUGCCCCUGCCGGAGGAGGCGCACCCACCUGGCCCUGCUGAGGAGGCACACCCUUUGCCACUGCUGGCGAAGGAGCACACACCUGGCCCUGCUGGAGGAGGCACACCCAUCUGCGCCUGCUGGAGGAAGAGCAUCCACCUGCCCCUGCCGGAGGAGGCGCACCCCUGCCCCUGCUGGAGGAAGAGCAACCACCUAGCCCUGCCGGAGGAGGCGCACCCCCUGCCCGUGCUAAUGGAAGCGCACCCAUCUGGCCCUGACUGCUGGAGAUCCGGAAUUGGAGGAAGGAGAAAGAGCACCUACCUCGCCAUGGCCCUGCUGGAGGAGACGCACUCACCCACCUGGCCCUGCUGGAGGACACGCACCCACCCACCUGGCCCUGCUGGCCCACCUUACCCUGCUGCGCACCCACCUUACCCUGCUGGAGGAGGCGCACCCACCUUACCCUGCUGGAGGAGGCGCACCCACCUGGCCCUGACUGCUGGAGGAGGCGCACCCACCUGGCCCUGACUGCUGGAGGAGGCGCACCCACCUGGCCCUGACUGCUGGAGGAGGCGCACCUACCUGGCCCUGACCCUGCUGGAGGUAAAGCGGUAAAAUUUUUUGUAUUUAAUUGUUUGUUUUUAUUUCAGAUCGGUUAAUUAUUCGCCACCUGUUCUGACUAGAGGUGGGGAACUAUCGAUAGUCGGCACCAUCGGUAGCGAGCGAUAGUUUUUCU